AGAGACAUAAUGAGACACAAAUGAAAGACGGACUGAGCGCACUGAGAACGUACCGUCGUUAUUUUUCUCUGCUUUCCUCCACUCAGGAAACAGCAUACUGCAGUGAUUUGGUUAAAUCGUCUCUAAGAGGGAGGGCGUUUUGAUUUCUUCGGAUCAUCCUGAUGGCUCCUCUGUGAUCUCCAGUCUGUGAUUUUGCUACAGAAAUGUUUUUUUCCAGCAGUCAACCUGUCGUUUGGAGCUGUUGGCCAGAUGUGGAUUGUUGUCCCGUGGAAUAGAUGUGUUUGAUAUCCUGGAUGGUGAUGUGAUUAUUCAGAUACAUUUUUGGAAGCAUUGGAUUUGUUGGAUCAUACCCCAAAAAAAAAGCGCAGCAGCAGCAGCAGCAGCAGCACUGAGGUGACUUUAACGGUGGAGAGAGAAUAUUUCACUUUACAUAUCGGGUUGGGAAUAACUGCACACCAUGCUGCAGUGUGCCGGCUGUGAGAAUCCCAUCGUGGACAAAUUCCUGCUCAAAGUUUUGGACAGACCGUGGCACAUCAAAUGUGUCCAGUGCUGCGAAUGUAAAUGCACUUUGACUGAGAAAUGUUUCUCACGAGAAGGGAAACUGUACUGUAAGAAUGACUUCUUCAGGAUAUUUGGGACCAAGUGUGACGGCUGUGAUCAGGGAAUUCUACCCAGUGAUCUGGUCCGCAGGGCAAAGAGCAAAGUGUUCCACCUGAACUGUUUCACCUGUGUGAUGUGUAACAAACAGCUGUCCACUGGCGAGGAGCUCUACAUCCUGGACGAGUUCAAGUUCGUCUGUAAAGAGGACUAUCAGAACAACAAUGGCAAGGACACAAUCCUACUCUCAGUGACGACAUGCAGCGACCCAAGUCUGUCUCCGGACUCGCAGGACCCGCAGGACGACGGCAAGGACUCGGAAUCGGGACACUUGUCAGAUAAAGAGGCAUGCAACAACGAGAACGACGAGCAGAGCGGCGUCGGGAAACGACGCGGGCCUCGGACCACCAUCAAAGCCAAGCAGCUGGAGACUCUGAAGGCGGCGUUCGCGGCUACGCCGAAACCCACCAGACACAUCCGGGAGCAGCUGUCGAGGGACACCGGCCUCAGCAUGAGAGUCAUCCAGGUUUGGUUCCAAAACAGGCGGUCCAAAGAGAGACGCAUGAAGCAGCUGAGCUCGCUGGGCGGCCGGAGACACGUGUUCUUCCGCGGCACGAGGAGGAUGAGGGCGCUGGGAGAGAGGCUGGAGACAGAGGAGAUGGGACACUUCUCCUAUUAUGGAGAUUAUCCGGGGGAAUAUUACAGCUCAGGAGGGAAUUACGAGUACUUCCAGGGCCCUCCAUCGUCCCAGGCUCAGACUCCAGCAGACCUGGGCUACGUGCCCUCCUCCGUCCCUGCGGGCACCCCGUUAGGAGCCAUGGACCACCACCACCACCACCAACACCACCAGCACCAGCACCACCACCACCCAGGGCACCACUGUCCUACAGAGGUGCAGUGUUUCUCUGACACAGUUUCUGUUCACCACCCUGAGGACUCACCCAGUCCAGAGCCCAACAUGCCGGGCUCCAUGCACAGCAUCUCCAGUGAGAUGUGUGGCCCCGGCACACCUUUUACCUCUGUGUCCCUCAGUGACAACGGAUACACAAACCAGCUGUCACAGACCUCCUCAGACAUGAGCGAAGGCACUGUGUGGUAGCCCGGAAGAAACCCAACUGCAAAGCAC